UGCAGGAGACCGCGGCUCCACGCAGGCGGCGCCCGUGCCUCCGCUCCCCGGCCGGCCCGCGCGCCCGCCUGUCCGCCGGGGCUGUCUCCCGCCUCCCGCUGCUGCCGCCGCACGAGCCGCGGCACCGCUGCUUGUCUUGCAGCUUCUGCCCCUUUCUGCAGAAGAGCAAGAGAAGGAAAUCAAGGAGCCACUCCUGUAAUUUACCAGAUAACCCCAGCAGGCUCAGUAGACAGACCAAGUUCCCAGGAAAAAAGCUGCAGGCACCUGAGGACAAACCUCUUGAACAGCUUUUACCUUAAAGCCAGCCCAGAAGACUUUGACUCCCAGUUACAAGGUGUUUUGGAUAUCCUCAAUAUUUGCCCCCUGUUUUCUAGCCAAACCUGAUUCAUGAAAUGGACUAAAGCUGAAAAAUCAUCUGCUUCUUUGUCUGUGAAUUUGAGACACGAUUGGAAUGAUCGUAAGUGCAUACAACUAGAUUCUCACUGCAGCUAUGAGUUCAGACGAGAAGUGCAUAUCCCCUGCUCAUAAAAUAUCCACUCCAACCCAUAGAAGUGCCUCCUCUUCAACAUCCUCCCAAAGGGACAGUAGACAGAGUAUCCACAUACUGGAAAGGACUUCUUCCUCUAGCACCGAACCCUCUGUAAGUCGGCAGCUGCUAGAACCGGAGCCGGGCCCCCUCUCCAAGGAAGCUGACAGCUGGGAAAUUAUAGAAGGGCUGAAAAUAGGCCAAACCAAUGUCCAGAGACCAGACAAACAUGAAGGCUUUAUGCUAAAGAAGAGAAAAUGGCCUUUAAAAGGCUGGCACAAGCGUUUUUUCGUCCUGGAUAAUGGAAUGUUAAAGUAUUCAAAGGCGCCACUUGAUAUUCAAAAAGGGAAGGUCCAUGGAAGCAUUGAUGUCGGACUCUCUGUUAUGUCAAUUAAAAAGAAAGCUCGGAGAAUAGAUCUUGACACAGAAGAACACAUCUAUCAUUUGAAGGUGAAAUCCCAGGACUGGUUUGACGCGUGGGUCUCCAAACUGCGCCAUCAUCGAUUGUAUCGGCAGAACGAAAUUGUGAGAUCACCAAGAGAUGCUAGUUUUCACAUAUUUCCUUCAACCUCCACAGCUGAAUCCUCACCGGCUGCUAAUGUUUCUGUUGUGGAUGGAAAGGUGCCCCCAAACAGCUUUCCAUGGCAGUCCCCUUUACCAUGCAGCAACAGCCUCCCUGCAACCUGCACAACCGGGCAGAGCAAAGUGGCAGCCUGGCUACAGGACUCGGAAGAAAUGGACAGGUGUGCAGAAGACCUUGCACACUGCCAGUCAAACCUCGUGGAACUUAGCAAACUCCUGCAAAAUUUGGAAAUACUUCAGAGAACUCAGUCAGCACCUAACUUUACUGACAUGCAGGCUAACUGUGUAGAUAUUUCAAAGAAAGACAAGCGAGUCACAAGACGAUGGAGAACAAAAAGUGUCAGCAAAGACACAAAAAUACAACUGCAGGAAGGGCCAUCUGCGAAGGGCCAGUUCAGCACAACUCGGCGCCGGCAGAGGCUAGCAGCAGCAGUGGCUACAACAGUUCCUUUCAGUGCUACCAUGUCCCCGGUUCGCUUGCAUUCCUCCAAUCCCAACCUUUGUGCAGAUAUUGAAUUUCAGACUCCCCCUAGCCACCUCACCGACCCUCUGGAAAGUUCAACAGAUUAUACAAAGCUUCAGGAAGAAUUUUGUCUAAUUGCACAAAAAGUGCAUUCUCUUUUGAAGUCUGCAUUUAAUAGCAUAGCUAUAGAGAAGGAGAAGCUUAAGCAGAUGGUUUCUGAGCAGGAUCACAACAAAGGCCACAGCACACAGAUGGCACGGCUCCGACAGUCACUGUCUCAGAGCGAAGGAGCAAGCAAAUCCUGGGCACUCAACCAGAAUGCUGAACUAAGGAGUCGAUUGAACAGAAUACAUUCAGAAUCUAUUAUUUGUGAUCAGGUUGUCAGUGUAAAUAUUAUUCCUAGCCCUGAUGAGGCUGGUGAGCAAAUCCAUGUCAGUCUCCCGCUGUCACAGCAAGUAGCCAAUGAGAGCCGCCUCUCCAUGUCAGAGUCAGUCUCUGAGUUCUUCGAUGCCCAAGAGGUGCUCCUCUCUGCAAGCUCGUCAGAGAAUGAGGCUUCCGAUGAUGAGUCCUACAUCAGUGAUGUGAGUGAUAACAUAUCUGAAGACAACACCAGUGUUGCAGACAACAUUUCUCGGCAAAUCUUGAACGGGGAGCUUACAGGAGGAGCCUUCCGAAACGGACGUCGGACAUGCCUGCCCGCGCCCUGUCCUGACACCAGUAACAUUAACCUGUGGAAUAUCUUGAGGAACAACAUUGGUAAAGACCUGUCUAAAGUCUCCAUGCCUGUGGAGCUAAACGAGCCACUCAAUACUCUGCAGCAUCUCUGCGAGGAAAUGGAAUACAGUGAGCUUCUGGACAAGGCUUCGGAAACGGACAAUCCCUACGAGCGCAUGGUUCUUAUUGCUGCAUUUGCAGUUUCAGGAUAUUGCUCCACCUAUUUCAGAGCAGGAAGUAAGCCAUUCAACCCUGUCCUUGGGGAGACUUACGAAUGCAUUAGAGAGGACAAAGGAUUCCGAUUUUUCUCAGAACAGGUUAGCCAUCAUCCACCCAUUUCUGCCUGUCACUGUGAAUCCAAGAAUUUUGUGUUUUGGCAAGAUAUCAGAUGGAAAAACAAGUUCUGGGGGAAGUCGAUGGAAAUCCUGCCAGUUGGAACCCUGAAUGUCAUGCUUCCAAAGUAUGGUGAUUUCUACGUGUGGAAUAAGGUCACCACAUGCAUACACAACAUUCUCAGUGGGAGGAGAUGGAUAGAGCAUUACGGAGAAGUAACCAUUAGAAAUACCAAAAGCAGUGUUUGCAUUUGCAAACUCACAUUUGUCAAGGUGAAUUACUGGAAUUCUAAUGUGAAUGAGGUCCAGGGGGUUGUGAUGGAUCAGGAGGGGAAGGUGGUGCACCGGCUGUUUGGGAAGUGGCAUGAAGGGCUUUACUGCGGUGUGGCCCCCUCGGCAAAGUGCAUCUGGAGGCCAGGUUCCAUGCCAACCAACUAUGAGCUCUACUAUGGCUUCACAAGGUUUGCUAUUGAGCUCAACGAGUUAGAUCCUGUACUAAAAGAUCUCCUUCCACCGACAGAUGCCCGAUUCCGGCCAGAUCAGAGAUUUUUGGAAGAAGGAAGUUUAGAAGCAGCAGCAGCAGAGAAGCAAAGAGUAGAGGAACUCCAGAGAUCUCGAAGACGGUACAUGGAAGAAAACAACCUUGAACAUAUACCAAAAUUUUUUAAAAAAGUGAUUGAUGCCAAUCAAAGAGAAGCCUGGGUUUCUAAUGACACCUAUUGGGAGCUGCGAAAGGACCCUGGGUUUAGCAAAGUAGACAGCCCUGUUCUCUGGUAAACUGGGAAUGUAGAGCUAGCCAACAUAUCACACUCUGAAUGAAUAAAUAACUAUGCACAAUUAUGUUUCUUAGAGCUCCGCGUGGUUUCUGGGUCGGCUGAAAACCGGCCAUUUGCUUUUCUAUUCAUCUUUAUAAUGGACUUUCAGAAGUGCAUUAGACAAGGCCCCUGACCACUUUCGGAUCCUUUCUGUUUUGCUGCAACCAUGUUCCUUAAAAAAAAAAAAAAAAAAAUCCGCA